CGGACAAACCACGAUUGCCGUCGUUUUCCUCUCGGUGGUAUUCCGACGCCCUUGCCGUGUUCAUCACCACGCACCAUAUUCCAUAUAUACCUGAGCCUUCCCCUCCUUUCUUCACACAACUCGCUCGCUCUCCUCUUCCUCCCUCUCCUCGCAGCAGCAGCAAGCAAGUGCACCACCAAGCUAAGCUCUGCUCAGCAUUUCACUCCAAAAUCACCUACACACACAUACCAUGGUGGCAUCGGUGGCCUGCUCCUUCUUCUUCGACGACGAGCUGCUCGGCGAGCACCGCACGGCGGCGAUGGACGCAUGCUCGCUCUGCGCCAAGCCGCUGGCGCGCGACAGCGACGUCUUCAUGUACAGAGGAGACACGCCCUACUGCAGCGAGGAGUGCCGCCACGAGCAGAUGCACCUCGACGCCGUCUGCGCCAAACAGGCCGCCCGGAGGCAGCAGAGAUUCUCGGCGGAGACGGAGUCCCACCGUGGGCAGCGGCAGUCCAGGAAGGUGUCCGUCGCGAGCUAAGCGGCCGGCCUGACCGGCGAAAGUUUUGUUUGAAUCGACAAGAUCUGAAUUCUGAAGAAACAACAUCUGUAUUCUGAAGAACCAUCGAUGUCUCCGUCUCACCGGCCGGCGCCCUAGCCUGGACCGGUGGAGGCACCAGAUGCAGCUUGCCGCCGCCUACGGAAGGCAAGGCAGGGCAGCCGGCAGCAGCAUGACGCGGCACGAAGAAUAGGUGCCUGUAGAUUCCCCUAUGUCCAUGCCAAGCUAAUUAGAGCAUCUACGUGAAUUGAUUUGCUUCGAAACGAAAUACAAAAGGCCAUGGAUCUGAAGAAAGCAAUCAAACAUGAUUCAUAGUAUUUCGUUACUUCCUUUGUCUCAAAAUGAGUGCCAUUGAUUUAGUAUAUUUUUAUACUAAUUUGUAUUCCCUCAGUUCUAAAAUAUAGCGCGUCCUUGGUUUCCGCGUUUUAAUUUUGAUCAUAAAUUUAACCAACAAGACUAACUGCGCCGGAAGCAAAAAUUAUACUAAUGAAUUCGUAUUCGAAAAAAGUUUUCAAUUAUAUAAUUUUUUAUCCCGCCGCAGUCUCUUGUUAGUUAAAUUUAUGGUCAAAAUUGAAUUUUGAAAAGCGCGGACGCACUAUAUUUUGGAACUAUUAAAUAAGGGACACUUAGUUUCAGACAAGGAGUA